UUUUCGGUAAACCAUAUUCUUUUAUUUAUUGGUUUGGACUGUUUGGCCGUGUCACGCUCGAGCCGCCUUCAAAGCCUCUAAAAUCGCUCUCUGUCUCAUCAUCCACAAGAUCCCUUCUAGGGUUCCACUUUCAACCCACCAAUUUUCAAAAGUAAUACACAGUGUUCCGGCAAUGAUGCAGCCAGCGGCGAACUUGGUUCUACCACCUCAAUACCAGAUGCAGACUCCACAGCAACCUCUGCAGCAGUGGAUGCAACCGCAGCAAUCACAAUACCAUAUGCCGUCGCCACAACAGCCGUCGGGGUACUACUAUCAGCAACCACCUCCGGCAGCGGAUGCGCCUCUGCAACCGCAGCAGUAUGCUGCCGCGCUUGCAGCUCAAGCUCAGCCCAGCACAGAUGACGGGAUCCGAAGCCUCUGGAUCGGCGAUCUUCAGUAUUGGAUGGACGAGCAGUAUCUGUACAGCUGUUUUGCAUCCACUGGAGAGGUGAUCUCUGCUAAAGUCAUCCGUAACAAGCAAACUGGCCAAUCUGAAGGUUAUGGAUUUAUUGAGUUUGUUAGUCAUGCUGCUGCAGAAAGGAAUCUGCAGACAUAUAAUGGCUCCCUAAUGCCAAAUAUUGAGCAAACAUUCAGAUUGAACUGGGCAUCAAUGGGUGCGGGUGAAAAGCGUGACAACACUGUUGAAUACACGAUUUUUGUUGGAGACUUGGCUGCUGAUGUUACUGAUUACAUGCUUCAAGAAACUUUUAGGGCCAAUUAUAGUUCAGUAAGGGGUGCUAAGGUUGUAACCGAUAGGUUAACAGGCCGCACAAAGGGCUAUGGGUUUGUGAGGUUCGGUGAUGAAAGUGAACAGUUACGAGCCAUGACUGAGAUGAAUGGAAAGUUUUGUUCUACUAAGCCCAUGCGAAUAGGUCCUGCUGCUAACAAGCAAAACAUAGAUGGUCAGGCAAAAGCUUCAUACCAAACUUCCGGAGGAACUCAGAGUGAGGAGGAUCCAUCUAACACGACUAUCUUCAUUGGGAACUUGGACCCUAAUAUUACUGAAGAACAUCUAAGACAGGUUUUUGGACACUAUGGACAGCUACUACAUGUAAAGAUACCAAUAGGCAAACGGUGCGGGUUUGUACAAUAUGCCGACAGAAGCUGUGCAGAGGAAGCUCUGCGGCUGUUAAAUGGAACCCAGUUGGGAGGACAAAGCAUUCGACUCUCAUGGGGCCGUAGUCCUUCAAACAAACAGGUUGAUCAAAACCAGCAUAAUGGUGCAUAUUAUGGAUAUGCCCCUGGAUACGAAACCUAUGGAUAUGCUCCAGCAGCGCAGGAUCCAAACUUGUACCGUGCAGGCUACACGGGAUAUGGAAAUUAGCCACCACCACCUCAACAGCAGCAGCAGCCUCAGUGAACAGCCAAUCAUGGAACUGGUGGUUGUGGCAGCGAAGAUAGAACUUACAUGCUGUCGCGUCAUGGGGUCGUUCAAACUGUGUUGUUGACUAGAGAAAAGUAAAAUAGCCCGUCUUUUUUUAGGUUCAUGUGUGUUUCCCUUGUCCAUUUUUGAUCGUUUAUUUAACUUGAUCAUUAACAUUUGCAGAUGAUGUGCAUUUUAUUCGUUUGCUAAUAAUUAAAAAAGAUUCUCAGAGUUGAUUUAUUGUAGUCAUUGAAGAUAUAAAGGAAGAUUCUGUGA